AUGAUUAAGAAACAGGUUUUCAAAAACAUUGAAAAUGCAGUUGCCGGUCAUACAAUCAUAACAAGUAAUACAUCAGCUAUUCCAAUUAGCGUUCUUCAGGAAGAACUUCGUCUACCCAAUCGAUUUUUUGGGUUACACUGGAGUGUUCCUGCACAUACUACUCGUUCUGUCGAAAUUAUUUGUGGAAACACUAGUGAUCAAGAACAAGCCAAAUGGUUGUAUCAACUAUCACAUUUUUGGGGCAAAGAGCCGAUGCUCUUACGAAAGGACAUUCGAGGUUUCAUUCGGAAUCGUCUCAUGUAUGCUUUGUAUCGGGAAGCAUUCUAUUUGGUCGAAAAUGGAUACAGCUCUAUCGAAGAUGUCGAUCGGGCAUGUCGGAAUGGUCCUGGUAAUUGGAUCACUUUUGCCGGAUGUUUUCGAUGGAUGGAUUUAACUGGUGUACCAGCUUAUCAUGCUGUAAUGCAAGAUUUAUUUCCAACCCUUUGUAAUGGCACAGAAGUACCAAAAUUAAUCGACAAAAUAGUAAAAUCAGGUGGACAAGGUAUAAUAAAUGGUAAUGGUUUUUAUCAAUAUACAACAGAAGAAGCUCGUUUAUGGCAAGAAACACAUCAAGAAUUCAGCUACGAUAUUCGCGAGCUGGCGCAGAAUUUAUUAAUACAAUCUAUUAAUCAUUUUGAACAGAUUCCUAAUGAACUUAUUUAUGAAAUUUUCGAUUUUCUUGAUAUUUCUCAUGUAUAUAAUGCUUUCUCAAAUCUCAAUACACGUUUUGAAAAUCUUCUUACUAAUUCAUCUUUUUGUUUCAAUAUUAAUAUUUCAUCUAUGUCGAAAUCAACUUUUGAACAUUAUUAUACAAAUAUUAUCAAUCCUAAUAAACAUCGAAUUAAAUUACUUCAUUUAUCAAAUCCAUUUACUGUCGAUCGAAUUUUUUCACCAGUUCGUAUUGCAUUAAAAUUUAUUCGUUUAGAAACACUUAUAUUUGAUAAUAUUCAAUCAAAGUAUCUUCCAAAUAUUCUUCAUCAUUUUAUUUCUUUACCCAAUCUUCGUUGUUUAAUUCUUAUUUCAAUUGAUUCUGUUCGUAAUCUUAAUAAUAUUUAUUAUCAAAUAUUUCGUUUACCUACAUUAAAAUAUUGUAAACUUUCAUUGAAAGAACAUGUUGAAUCUCAAUUAUUACCAAUGGCAACAGAUACAAUCAGUCCUAUCGAACAUCUUGUUAUUACUAAUACUAUUUAUUUCUAUGAACUUCUUACACUCUUAUCAUAUGUUCCUCAACUUCGUCGUUUAUCAAUUCAUUGUCUUGAUGGAUCCCGUAAGAAACAAACGAUAUCAUGGUCAACUAUAUUAAAUUAUUUGACACAUAUUUCUUUAAAUAUAAAAAAUAUUACUUCUGAUCAAUUAGAAUCAAUGUUCAAAAAUCUUUUUCAUCAACUUCAAGUUUUACAUAUUUCAACAUCCUAUGAUGAAACAUAUUUAAAUGCAAGUCAAUGGGAAAAAUGGAUUUUAUCAUAUAUGUCAAAUUUACACAUUUUUGAUUUUCAAUAUAUAAAUUCUAUACAAAAUGCUGCUAGUGAUAAUAAUCAAUUGAUAUAUGACGAUGUAAUCAAACAAUUCAGUUCUUUGUUUUGGUCUGAACGAAAAUGGUUUUUUGCGUAUCAUUUUUAUAGAAAAGAAUAUCGAGAUCAUGUAAUAUUCUAUUCAACAGAUCCAUACAGACGAAAACAAUAUACAUUAUAUAAACCAUUGGAUAAAAAAAUUUGUCCACGCCAUCAAGAAACUAAUGUUGAUGUUGUUAAUCAUAUUGAUAUACAAGGUGAACAAGCAAUGAUGAGUUGUAUAAAUUAUUUUUCAAAUCCUACUGAAUUAACUCUUUCUAACAGUUUUUAUGAAAGUCGUAUUUGGCUUCGAGUUAUUCUUAAUCGAAUUAUUUCAUUAAAACAACUUACAAAACUUAUUAUUAAUUGUACAGAUUUUCGAUUUGAUCAGUUUAUUAAUUUAUUACGUUUAACACCAAACAUUCAUACAUUAAUACUUGACUGUCAAUCAAUUAAUUAUAUAGAUACUGUAUCAAUUGAUCAUACUGACAAUUUUCAAUUUGUCUCCAAUACUAAUACAAUUACAAAUAUGAUUAUAAAACGAAUAUCUUCAAUGAAAAAUAUCAAACUCUUUAUUGCUCUAUGUCCUCGAUUACAACAUCUUACUAUUGAUAUAAAUAGUAUGGAUUUUGAACCAAUUGUCGAAUUUUUAUUAUCAAGAAAUAAUUCUCAUACUCGUCAUUUAUUUUCAUUAUGUAUGAAACAUAGAAUAGUCAUUAAACUUGUCAUUAUAUUGGUUUGGGUUAUGAUACUUGAAUUCAUAGAUGAUGAUGAUGACCAUUUAGUAAACGGUAAAAUAGUUGUACUAUUUGCAAAUGAUUCACAAAAUAAAUCUAUACUUGCACAUUGCCUACUUAAUUGUUUCAUAAUUGUAUCAUUGGAUAAACAAAUUGGACGUUUUUCUAAAUCUAAUGAAUCUUUAAAUUUAAAUAGAAAACAAUUACAUGGAUGA